CUUGGGAAGUGUGAAAGAAGAGAGUGUUGGAAAAGUGUUGUGAUGAGGUGUUGAUGAUCUGCCAGAAACUUCUUCUUUUAGAUACAGUCAUCCUUUUUUACGCUAAACGGGGAGAAAGCGAUGGAUCCCUUCACCUGCUUGCUAAUCACAUUGCUCUUUGUGGGGGUCCAGAGCUGUCCGGAGGUGUGUCGUUGUGUAGCAAAGCCGAAAUACGAGCGAUAUGUUGCAGACUGCUCUUAUCAAGAUCUCCAGGUGGUUCCUCAGGACUUCUCCUCCAACACCACCACCCUCACCCUCUCUGUCAACCACAUUGCCACGCUGGGGGAAGAAUCCUUCGCCAACCUGGCAAGACUACAAGGUCUGUGGCUCUCCUACAAUGAAAUUGGCACCAUCGCUGAGGGUACCUUUGCUGUUUUGGUACACCUCCGAGCUCUUGAUCUCAGUCACAAUCAGAUUAUGAACUUCCCCUGGGCAGACCUCUCCAACCUCACAACUCUGCAACUGCUGAAGCUCAGCAACAACCACCUGGAGAAGAUCCCUCCAGAAGCUUUUCAAUCCCUUAAGGACCUUCGUUCUCUCUGGCUCAGUAACAAUCGGCUGGCUACCCUCUCGGACGGGACCUUCAGUUCCAUGCCUAAGUUAGCUCAGCUGCAAAUCAACAACAACCCCUUUGACUGCACCUGUAAAAUCUGGUGGUUGGAUGGAUGGCUACAGAGCACGCCGGUUUCAAUUCCGGAGAAGAAGUCUGUGACAUGUGCCACGCCGGAGAAACAGAAAGGUCUCGUUCUUGGGAGAUCCUUGAAGCUAGACUGCGCCCUUCCAACGGUGCAGUUGGUCUAUCAUUCCAGCUUGGGGGACAGUAAGUUGAAGGAUGGGCUUACCCUUCAAUUGCACUGCAAUGCGGUCGGUAAACCCCCGCCGAAGAUCAGGUGGAAAAUCCAGACAGUCAAUCAACAUGUGGCCAUCGAUGGGCCCAACGUUGAAAGAGAAGAGCAUCUGUUACUAGAUCCUGCAGGCUCCGUGCCGAGCAGAGGACGCUUCCUGGUCUUCAAAAAUGGAUCCAUGGCGGUCACCAAAUUCAGCAAGGAUAGCGAAGGCAUUUAUACUUGCCAGGCCUAUAACGAUGUUGGGUCUCGGGAGGCUUUUGUUCAUGUGGCUUUGGCCGGCUCCGAGAAGCCCACCACUUUCCUCAAGAACCAUCUCCAAGCCAACAAGAAUCCAAACCAAAGUUGUGACAUCAAAGACGACCGGACCUCCGAAGAAAAUGUGAAGUUUGUCUAUUUGACUCCCACCGUGCCCAAGACUGAUUGCAAUGGAGGAACUCAACGCCAGUUGGCUCUCGGGAGCUUAUUUCUGUUCUGCUUGCUUGCCCAUUACAGCUAAGGCAUUUGCAGUCUGGCAUCAGGUAGAAAAAUCCGACUUCUUUCUGUAGUUAUGGCCAGGGGUGAAAUGUAAAAUUUGUUACUACCGGUUUUGUGGGUGUGGCUUGGGGGGGCGGUAAUGUGACUGGGUCGGCGUGGCCGACUUUUUUUUUUUUUUUUUACCUUUAAAAGAAUUUUUUCUACAACCUGUCCGGCUGAAGAAGUUGUAAAAAAAGGCUUUUAAAAGGCUCCUCUGAUGAUCCCAGCUGAGCCAUGCGAUCGUCAGAGGCCUUUUUUUUUUUACUUUUAAAAGCAUUUUUCUACAACCUCUCCGGACGAAGAAGUUGUAAAAAAAAGGCUUUUAAAAGGUUCCUCUGAUGAUCCCAGCUGAGUUGCCUGAUCUCCAGAGGCUUUUCUUUUCUUUUAAAAGCGUUUUUUUUUUGCCUUUGAGAGAAAAAAAAGCCUCUGACAAUCAGGCAACUCAGCUGGGAUCGUCAGAGGAGCCUUUUAAAAGCAUUUUUUUACAACCUCUUCGGCUGAAGAGGUGGUAGAAAAAAGGCUUUUAAAAGCCUCUGUGGAUCCCAGCUGAGCUGCGCGAUCAUCAGAGGCUUUUUUUUAAUCUUUUAAAAGUAUUUUUUCGGUCAAAGAAAAAAUACUUUUAAAAGUAAAAAAAAAACACACCACCUCUGAUGAUUGUGUGCGGCUCAGCUGGGCUUGGAGGGUGGGGCAGGAAUUUUUGCUGCUGGUUCUCUGAACCACCCGCCACGGUGAUCCGGUCCAAACCGGGAGCAUUUCACCCCUGGGUAUGGCCCAUGGCAGCUUUUAGUUUUAAGCAAAAGUUUCACACUAGGUGAAGAAUCUUAAUUUGAACUGGGGCAGGAUUCCCCAUAUUGUCGAGUAAGAAAAGAAACAGACAGGCGGACCGUGAGAAAAAAGUAAAAAAAUAAAUAAAAUACUGAUAGGCAACCCUUUGAUUAGGUGAUAGAAGCAGUCCAAAAUCUUGCAAGGAUUUGAAAGUCCAGAACUGUUUCUCAGGAAGUGGGGGGGGGGGAACAGAGAGGGGAAAAAAAGGUGACCAAUCUCUUGAGAAUGCUUAUCUUGACUUGCUUGAAAUGGUGGAGAGCUUUCAGAUAUAGAAGCUCAACCUUGUCAAAUGCAGAAUAGGAUGAGAAAGUAGAAUUUAAGAGACUUUGGCAUACGAUUCUCAGUUCUGACCUGAGAAUCUCUAACUAGAAAUGACCCUUGGCUCCAUUUGUUGAGAAAGGUAUAAUUUUUAUUAGAGAUCAAGUGUAUUGCAGUAUUGCGUAGCCAGAAUGGAGAAUCGCAUGCCAAAAUCCCUAAAUUCUACUUUUCCCUCCCAUAACUGUCUCUCACUGCCCACCCCGGCAUAGCCAAUCAGGUUUCAGGCAAGAUGUUUUCAUAAUGACCAGUCCUAGCACAGCUUUGUCUUGAGGCAGCAUCUGAAGGAGACACAGCACUUACUUUCGUUUCCCCAAGCUUUCCCUCUCUCCACAGUUCACAGAAGUCGGUCACUGCAGAGCAGCAAAGCGCAAACCAGAGUAAGGUGGUUACACUGACAGUUUCUUCCAAAACAUACGGAGGAGAAACAUGCAAGGGAUGGUCUACACCAGGGGUCUCCAACCUUGGCAACUUUAAGACUUGUGGACUUCAACUCCCAGAGUUCUUCAGCCAGCUUGGCUGGCUGAGGAACUCUGGGAGUUGAAGUCCACAAGUCUUAAAGUUGCCAAGGUUGGAGACCCCUGGUCUACACAUUCUCCAGAUUGGGAAAUGGGAAAUCUAGCUACAUCCUUCCAAAUCAAAGGUGUUGUAUUUCUGGAAGCCGCCUUUUAUUCCUGCUCUCUGAUCUUUUAAAUAGGCAAGACCUGGAAAAGAUCUUUUGCAGCAAACCAGAGGCUGUACAAGGACCAGACUACAAAUACACAUUUCUCUAUCCAGUUUUAUUUUAUUUUUUUAAAGUCCCAACAUCAUCAAAACAACCACGCCAUCAAAUGCCUCCUUCCAGCGUUCGACAUCCGACGGGCCAAGAGAGAUGCCUCUGAAGGGCAGGAGAAGCAUAUCUUCUCCAAGAGACUGACAAUGGGGUUUCAUUUAUUAUUCAUCGUAGUAGAAAUCAGGUUUCUGUAUUCUUUAGUUACUCUACGUUCAUUAGGUGUGUGGAAGUCAUUUGGCCAGCUCCUGAAAUUGAAGCUGUUUUAAAUUUAAAGGCGAAUGGGUGGGAACCCUACUUGGUCAAGGUAAGAAUGAAGAGAAGCAACUCCAUAAAUAGACACAACAGUCAAAAAGAUACAACUAUGUAAGGUAUUUCUCAAUAUAGCCUAUCAGAACUGGAAGGAUUAAAAAGUCUGAGAUAUGG